UAGUUGAGUGUUGUAUUCUGGGACUAUUCUCCAUGGUUCUGCCGGGAACGUGGAGUCUUGGUACUGUGUGCAGUAGUAGUUAGGUGACAGCUGUGUUUCAGAACAAUAGUAGCAAAUAUGUCGCGGAGUUAUAACGACGAGCUUCAAUAUUUGGAUAAGCUAACUAAAAAUUGUUGGCGAAUUAGAAAGGGUUUCGUGCCACAUAUGAAGGUAGAAGGCGUGUUCUAUGUUAACGAACCAUUGGAAAAGCUGAUGUUUGAGGAGUUGAGAAAUUCUUGUCGUGGUGGAGGUGCAGGUGGUUUUCUCCCAGCUAUGAAACAAAUUGGUAACGUUGCUGCUUUACCUGGAAUUAUUCAUCGAUCGAUUGGACUUCCAGAUGUCCAUUCUGGUUAUGGGUUUGCAAUUGGGAACAUGGCUGCAUUUGACAUGAGUGAUCCAGAAGCAGUGGUGUCCCCAGGUGGUGUCGGAUUUGAUAUCAACUGUGGAGUUCGUUUACUUCGUACAAACCUUGAUGAGAGUGAUGUCCAGCCUGUAAAAGAACAGCUUGCUCAGUCAAUGUUUGACCACAUUCCUGUUGGUGUUGGAUCCAAAGGAGUUAUCCCAAUGGGAGCAAAGGAUUUGGAAGAAGCACUGGAGAUGGGUGUGGACUGGUCCCUCAGGGAGGGCUAUGCCUGGGCAGAAGACAAAGAACACUGUGAAGAAUAUGGUAGAAUGCUGCAAGCUGACCCCAAUAAGGUGUCAUCCAAAGCCAAGAAGAGAGGUUUGCCCCAGCUGGGAACCCUUGGAGCAGGGAACCAUUAUGCAGAAAUACAGGUUGUGGAUGACAUUUAUGACACGUACGCUGCAAGGAAGAUGGGCAUUGAUCACAAAGGGCAAGUGUGUGUAAUGAUCCACAGUGGCAGCAGAGGUCUGGGACAUCAGGUUGCAACAGAUGCUUUGGUGGCUAUGGAAAAAGCAAUGAAGAGAGAUAAGAUUAUUGUUAAUGACAGGCAACUGGCAUGUGCGAGAAUCUUUUCUGAUGAGGGGCAGGACUACCUAAAGGGCAUGGCGGCAGCAGGGAACUAUGCCUGGGUAAAUCGUAGUUCCAUGACUUUCCUAAGCCGUCAGUUAACAGGACAGCCAGUUUUGAUUGGCGGUACCAUGGGCACCUGCAGUUAUGUACUGACUGGGACAGAACAAGGCAUGAGAGAAACGUUUGGAACAACCUGUCAUGGAGCGGGGAGGUCAUUGUCUCGUGCCAAGUCUCGAAGGAACCUGGAUUUCCAAGACGUUUUGGACAAACUGGCAGAUAUGGGAAUUGCUAUUAGAGUUGCUUCACCCAAGCUAGUCAUGGAAGAGGCACCAGAGUCAUACAAAAACGUGACAGAUGUUGUGAAUACCUGUCAUGAAGCUGGCAUCAGCAAGAAAGCAAUCAAACUGAGGCCUAUUGCAGUUAUUAAGGGUUAAACUGCUACCACCUUCUACCAAAGUCCAGUUAAAAGUGCACUGAAACUGCAAAGCGUUUUAAGCCUUUUGAAAUGCAUUCUGAAGUUUACGUGGACAAGCUUUAACAGAGACUAGCUCCGAAAAGGAGUGAUCUGUAGGUGGCACUGCUCCAGAAUUUUUGUUAAAUGUUUAAGAAAUGACUACCAUCAGUAGAACCAAACUAAUAAAUUACAUAAGAGGCUGCCACGCUAGUAA